AUGCUUUAAUUUAGAGGAUUCCUGAUAUUUGAUUUAAAGAGGUCAAUAUUCUUCUUUGAAAUGAGAAGAGACAUUGAACUCGACCCAAAAUGGUUUGCAUUUCAGAAGGAUGUUAGAAAAAAAUUUAAUGAAUAAGAUGUUUUAGAAGAUAAAGUUCUGGAAAUGAGCAAUAUUUAUGGAAAAAUAAGAGGAAAAUUUGAUGAUUUUCAAAAAAGGUUUCUGAUUCUAAUAGCCUAAAAUUCGGUUGAGGAUAUUUAUUUAGCUGAAUUAUUAAAUGAGAUUUUCUCCAUUUUGAUAGUCUAAGAGCAUUAUAUUAAAUUCUUCAAAGAGGAGUUAGAAGCUUUGGCUUUUUUUGAGGUUGAGAAAAUAAUUCAAAACAAAGAAUAUUAUUUAAUCUAAAACUUUCAUUCAAUGCAUAUUCCUAAUCUAUUCUCAUAAAUUUCCGAUAAUCAGAAACUAUUAUUUUCUAAUGAUGUAGAAUUACAAAUGGAAGUAUCAUAAUAAUAAGGCUAAUGUACAAAAGAACAGAUAAUUUUCAAAGGAUUUACAAUUUUUGAUACAUAAAGAUAAUGCUUUUAUAUGUUAAUUAAGAGAGGAUUUGAAAAUGACGAAUUAUGGAAGAUGUAAAGAACACAAAUUUCACAAUAUUUACUCAAAAGGUCAAAAGAUCCAUUGUAACAUUUUUUUCUUAAUUAUGAAAUGGGUUAAUUCCUGUUUGAAUAUGAUAAUUAGGCAAAAAAUUAUUUUAUACUACUAACUGAUUCGACAUCAUCUCAACACCCUUAAUAUUAAUUACUAUCUAAAUUAAAAGCUUUGGUUUAAAAAAUUCCAAAUUAUUAAAAACUAAACAAACCGCAAAUAGAAAAUCUUUUAAAAUUCAAUUUAGUUGAAGUGAUUGAAGCUGAGGAAAGAAUUUAUUACUAAAAAUACUAUCCUAAUUGGAUCGAAGAAGAAAAAAAAAUUAACCGAAAAUUAUUAAGAUAGAGAGGAAUGACUCAAAUUUCUUUUCAAGACUAAGGGACAUAUUAUAAUGAUGAGUUUUCAUUGACUGAUUUUGCAAGUUAACGAGUGAGAUUUGUGCACGAUUUAUUUUAGUGA